AUGUUGUCAAAAUUGUAUAACGCUUUAACUGAUAAGCAACGCACGGCCAUUUACGAAGAAAUGGUCGAGGCAAACUAUUUUCUUUUGGAGUGCGAGCAAAGAAAACUAAAAUCUUUGUGGCAAGCGGCUAGCCAGUUAGAUCAGUUCCGAGGUUCGGCUAGAAAAGAAAUGAAAACAAGAUUGGAGAUUCUUCACGAGGUUGUUUCGGAGUUAAAAGAGGGUCUUGAAGACUUAACUGGAAGAGAGCCAUUGCGAGCACCAAGCAUUCGCGAAGGAAUAGAGAGAAUGGAACUGUUUAGUAAGGAAAUAACUACCGAAAUGCAAGCAUUACAAAAAGAAUUACAAGUUUUUUGGGAAGGAUACAACGGAAAAUUUCGGGAAGGAAUAUUAGGGUUAAAAAAUUUACAAGAGAAAUUUCAAGCCACAGGAAAAAAAUUAUGGGACCGGGCCGAAAUUGAGGGAGUGGAAGAAUUUUCUCUGGAAGUGGGAACUGAAACGAUAGAGAAAAUGGGGAAUUUAUAUUCUUUGCUAAGUCUACUUGUGGAUUCAUUUGGAAGGAAGCCAGCAACAAUACGUAGACUUAACCAUUGGUUUAAAUAA